GAUCAGUCAGUCCCUGUGUCAGUCCCUGUGCCGCUGCCAUGCUGUGUGGGAUCCUGCGCUGCCCCCUGUGCCCAUCACUACGCAGCGCCCAGCAGCCCUAGGGGGUCUCCGCUGCUCCGAGCACCCCGCACCCUGCAGCACCCGCCGGGGACAUGACGGGAGGGAGGACGCGCAGCCAAACCGGGACCGAGCUCCUGAGGAUGGGCAGGAGGAAGCGCCGGGAGAGGCUGCUGCAGCAGGGCGCCCUCAUCUGCUGCCUCCUCUUCUCCGUCUGGUGCCUGGUCGGCAUCCUACAGGGACCAGGACGAGGAAAAUCUUCAAGGGAACGCACGGCGGCAUCCAGCGCCAUUACAUGGAGGAACCGUAGACUGAUGGCUUCAGGCAAUGCGUCCAUUGAGAGGAACUGCACCGAGCCAGCUAUUAAUGAGUUUCCAGAGGAUUUAUUCAACAUCAAGGAACGACAAAAAGGAGCCGUCCUGCUGCACAUCUUCUGCGCUCUGUACAUGUUCUACGCGCUGGCGAUCGUGUGCGAUGACUUCUUUGUUCCCUCUCUGGAGAAGAUCUGCGAGAGGCUACACCUGAGUGAAGACGUGGCGGGGGCGACCUUCAUGGCGGCGGGCAGCUCCACCCCUGAGCUCUUUGCUUCGGUCAUCGGAGUUUUUAUCACCCACGGGGAUGUAGGUGUCGGGACCAUUGUGGGCUCCGCUGUAUUCAACAUUUUAUGUAUAAUUGGUGUAUGUGGAGUGUUUGCUGGACAGGUUGUACGCCUGACCUGGUGGUCUUUGUUCCGGGACUCCAUGUACUACAUUCUAGCAAUAAUAGCGUUAAUAAUUUUUAUUUAUGAUGAAGUUAUUGUUUGGUGGGAGAGUCUGAUACUGAUCAUCAUGUAUCUGAUUUACAUUCUCAUUAUGAAAUAUAACAUGAAGAUGCAGCACUUGUUCACCAUCAAACGAAAGAAUAUAGGGAACGGCUGCACCAUUGGGAAUGAACUGCAAGACGGUAAUGUGUAUAGUGCCCCGCUGUGCGAUGACCCCACAGUCCCCCUGUUGUGCAAAGUGAGGUCGGAGCAGCAUUAUCACGGCGGGAAUUCUGUGGUGAUGGUGGAUGAGAUCAUCUGCUCCAGCCCCCCCAAGUAUCGAUUCCCGGAGGCCGGAUUACGGAUCAUGAUCACCAACAAGUUCCCACCGAGGACCAGGCUACGGAUGGCGAGCAGGAUCAUAAUAAACGAGAGGCAGCGACUCCUCCAAUCAGCGAAUGGAAUGAGCUCGAUGACCUUGGACGGGAAGCAGGAGCUGCUGGAGAACGGCCUCUUACAUGGAGACAAAGACGACUACCAGCAAGACAACGAUGCCACCACCUACCUGGUGCCCUUCGCAAUACCCAGUGGCUGUGUGAACCGGUUUAAGUGGGCCUUCUCCUGGCCCCUGAUCUGCGUCCUGUACUUCACCAUCCCGAACUGCAGCCGGCCGCGCUGGGAGAACUUCUUCAUGCUCACCUUCAUCCUCUCCACCGUCUGGAUCGCCAUCUUUUCCUACAUCAUGGUGUGGAUGGUGACGGUGAUCGGAUACACCCUGGGGAUACCCGAUGUUAUAAUGGGCAUAACCUUCCUGGCAGCCGGCACCAGUGUACCGGACUGUAUGGCCAGCCUGAUCGUAGCCAGACAAGGUCUUGGAGAUAUGGCCGUGUCUAAUACCAUAGGAAGCAACGUCUUUGAUAUCCUAGUUGGACUGGGGGUCCCUUGGGGGAUACAAACCAUGGUCAUUCACUCUGGAUCAACCGUGAAAAUUAACAGCAAAGGCUUAGUGUACUCUGUCAUACUGCUGCUGGGAUCUGUGGCCCUCACUGUCAUUGGAGUUCAUGUCAAUAACUGGAAACUGGACAAGAAGCUGGGAUACUACGUCCUCGUCCUGUACGCCAUCUUCUUGUGUUUCUCCGUCCUCAUAGAAUUCAACGUCUUCACCUUCGUCAACUUGCCAAUGUGCCAGGAUGACUUCUGAUGGCCAAAGACCACGGGACCUCUGUUCUGACCGUACAACCUAGACUCUUCUAUGGGAAAACCUAAACUGCUGAUCUGGCUUUGGAGGCCGGGAAAAGGUGAUUCCUAGAAUGUACUGGAAGACGAAGUCACCCAGCGCCGAGGACGGCGAAUUGUCUGAGUGAGGUUGUGUCUUCCGAAGAAGUGUAAAUUGCUGCUGAUUUCUAAGUUAUUAAAAUCAAUAGGACAUUUAUUUAAGGUCAUUUAAGGACCGUGAGACCGGAUCCUCUUUCCAUUGAUUGGCGCACUUUAUGCCCAUGAUGUAUUGUUAGUGAUAUCUGGAGGCAGGCUGGCGGAUUGCAUGCAAAUUAUAUUUCUAUGUGAUUCGUUCUUACUAUCUGCAAAACCCCAUGGACCUCUGGGAUCUGAUACAAAAUAGCUGACAUCCUGGAAUAUGCGAAUCUACGGGAAGCGACCGUCUGUCCGUCCGUCCGUAAAGAGAAAAAGCACAUCUUUCUUUUCUUUUUUCUUUGUAUUACUGGACAAAACUUUAAUGGAAACUUCAGAAUUGCACAUUUGGAAAUCCAGAGACUUUGACGAUUGUUUCCUAGAACAUAUUUGUAAUUGUGCACAAUAUUUCAUAAGGAAAUGUCUAUAACAAUGAAAUGUUUAUAUGCACAAAUACCAAAUACAAUGUGGUUAUUCCAGAA